GAACAUCCCUCACUCAUGUAGGAGAGACAUAAAGACACCCCCAAGGUUUUGUCCAAAACCCUCUCCACUUCCGCUCCCAAACAGGUCCCUCUCUCACCCUCCCUAGCUCAAACUCAUAUUGGCAUCGAUCCCUUGAAUUUUCUGUUCCCAUCGCUCCUUGUUGAUCUAGGAUUUUGAGCUGCGCGAAGGAUGAGUGGAUCUCCGUCAGAGAGCUUCUCCUACGGCGGCGGCACCACCGUUCCUGAAUCCGAUCACUGUUGCGACUGGAUUAGCACCUUACCAGACGCAAUCCUCUGUUUCAUACUUUCCUUUCUCCCAACCAAGCAAGUCAUUGCUACAAGCGUCCUCUCCAAGCGGUGGCAGCCACUGUGGCGCUCAGUCUCCACUCUGGACUUCGAAGUUGGGACUUACUAUAACAGAAGCAAAGAGGAUUAUGCUCGUCUUCUUCACUCUGUUUCUGCACUCAUCCAGCAUCUUCACCAUCCCAUCCACAAAUUCCGCAUCAGAUGUUGCCAACUCCAAGAUUCUUUCCGCCCUUUCCAGUAUAUCUCUCCUUUUACUGAUCCUGCCCAUGUCACCAAAUGGGUUAAUGCUGCUGUGCAACGCGGAGGACUUCAACACCUCCAUCUCUGCCUCUCCUCCAAACUCGUGUAUCGUGAACCACCCAUCAACUUGUCUACCAUCGUCAUGUUCAGUUGUAAAACUCUGGUGGUUCUCAAGUUAGAGCAUAUCUGGUUGGAGCCAAUUUCCUCUGUUGAUCUACCAUUACUGAAAGUCAUGCAUCUAUAUUAUUUGACUUUCGCAGAACCUCGAUGUCUCGCCAAGCUUCUUUCUGGAUGUCCAAUUCUUGAGGAUUUUAAAGAAUUUAAAAUAAGAUUUGAAGAUGGUGAAGAUGACACUGAGACUGAGUUUAAAACCAUGCCCAAGUUGCUCAGAGCAGAUAUUUAUAAUUUUGAUUCAAAUAUUAUGCUGAAAGUGGUUAACAAUGUCAAGUUUUUGCACAUAGAUAGGAUUGAAGAGAGUCUUGUACAUGACACAGAACCCUACGAUUUCCCCAUGUUUCACAAUUUGACCCAUAUGCAACUUGACUAUAUUGAUUGCAAUAUUGAUUGGUCUGAUGUAGUGGAGUUGAUCAAGAAUUGCCCCAAGCUUCAAGUUCUUGUCAUUUACCAGCCAGAAGAAACAGCGAAUUGGCAGUACCCACCAUCUAUAUUACACCUUCAAAGAUGCACCAAAGAUGAUGAGUUUAAAUUUGCAAGGUAUAUAGCGGAAGAUUCGAACGAAGAUGACAAUAUGCAGUGGGAUUUUUAUAAAUUAACUAGUAGCCAACUAGAAUUGGUAGAUGAAAGUAGUUUCUACUAUUCUUCAUUUUUUUAUACUUCCUUUUAACUGUUAGCUAGCUACAACUAUCUACAAGACCUCAUCUUAAUUUUCAAAUUAAUUGAACUUAUUCGUUUAUGAUCAUUAA